UUGAUCAGAUUGAUUUAAUAUUGGAAUAUUGUUAGUCAAUGCAUAUAUUUCAGAAUAGAAUUUAGGAUCUAUAUUUAAUGAUGGAUCAUUCAAUGAAGAAUUAAUGGCAGUAUGAUUAUUUCUCGCGUAUGUAAAAAAGUUAAGUUGUAAUGUAGAGUAAUAGCUUUGAUAGAUCUUAGGUGUAUACUUGUGAUUAUGAAGAGACAGGUCAAACAUUUGAGGUUAAAUGCAGGGGUGGGCAAGGUUUUAGGAGCAGGGGUCACGAAUUUACCCGCCUGGACUGGUGGGCCAUGUAAGUGUAACGUAAAAAGGAACAUUUUAUGAACAAUAUUUACAGUGUUGCAAAGCAAACGUGGAAAACAAUAAGCCUCGUGCCAAAACUAAAUUUAAUCACAAUCUCAACAAAAUUUGUUUGGUUGUGGCAGCAUUAUACAGGACAAAUUGAAGUAGUUAGCGGGCCGGAUUUGGCCCGCGGGACGUAGUUUGCCCACUUCGGGUCUAGAUGUAUCAAAUUUCUAAUUUCCAAAUGAUCAGGACAUGUUAAGUCUUAUCACAUAAGUCUCGACUGUGCUAUGAAAUGAUCAAACCAUCAACCAGGGUGUCCCGUCAUACAGGUUGUCUACCUCACUUUUAUUUCGUAUAUUUUUUGGCGAGUUAGUCAGUGACUUGAAAGACCUAGUUCGCAGCAUGAAAUAUAUACAGUAUGUUAUUUGUCAAAAUAUGUUUUCCAAAUCAUAAAAGCUUUGAAUUUUCCCAAAGUCACAAUAUAGUCAUGAGCCAGUACUGCAUAAUCAGUCAAUAGGCCCUUGAAACAGGUAAAAAAAAUAACCACACCGAAGGAGCCUGAGGAAAUGGCCCAUUUAGCGAAACCCUUUUGAUUAUAUAUACACAAUAUAUCAUAAAAUAUAUAUUUUUUGAAAAUGUUAUGAAUUUUCCGACAUUUUAUACAUUGUUCAGUAGCAUGAUUAUAAAGCGAUUUAUGCUAAUAAUGAUAUCAAUCGUAAUACAUAUUGUUGUAAGACUGUGGGAACAUGGAAGAUACAGUCAAUUUACAACAGACGGCCAAAAUUUUAUAAAAAAAUAUUUAACGACCGCGGAUAUGUGGAGAAACGACUUUAUCGUUGUGAUGAACGUAGGAAACAACGACUCUAAAGUUAACCAUAGUGACAUCACACUUGCCAGCCAGUGUUCAGUGAACAAUCUACAUCACCUGCCAGAAUUGGUGGCCCGAUGGAAUGGUCCCGCAUCAGUAGCAGUUUUUGCUCCCCAUUCAGAUUUCGUUAAAGCUAUUUUAGGUAUACAUUGGCUGGAAAAAUGUUUUCCAAAGACUUUUAUAAAAACCAAUUUUCAUUUAGUUUAUCCACUCGAGCAUCCGCCAUUCUUUGAAGACAGAGAAUUGCCGGUUAUAUUGAAAGACAUGGUUUCAAAAUCAGCACCAGAACGAAAGAAAGAUUCGUAUUGUACGAAGGCGAUGGACGCAUUGAAAAGUUUCAAAGGUGGCAAUUACGUACUAAAAGGACAUCAAUAUCCACAUAACACUUUGCGAAACGUCGCUAUAAGUGGUAUAGAAAGCGACUUCGUGUUUUUAGUAGAUGUUGACACCUUCCCAGCCAUCUAUGCAAGAAGUCAAUUCCAGGAAUUUUUGAAAUUAGACGAGUAUAGGACUCAGUUUUUGAACACUAAAACUGCAUUUGUUGUUCCUGCUUUUGAAGUGGAUGAAAAUGUGAUUCCAACGACCAAGACUAAACUGAUACAGGAAUAUAAAAAGGGAAACGUACGACCUUUUCACAGCGAAACAUGCAAGAAUUGUCAUGAACCAACGAGGUUUUCGGAUUGGAUUGCGAUUCCAGAGAAGCAUGAUUUGAUUGUUGCUUAUGAAGCUGAAUGGAAGGAAUCCUGGGAACCUUUUUACAUCACACAUAAAUCUCAUAUUCCACUAUACGAUGAACGUUUUAGACAAUAUGGAUUUGACAGAAUUAGUCAAGUUUGCGAGUUAUUUGUUUCUGGUUACAAGUUCAUUGUAAUGAAUAAUAUUUUUGUCGUUCACCAAGGAUUUAAAAGACCCCAUGAAUUUCAUUCCAGUAAAAAUUUAGAAAAUAAAAGAAACUUUAAGAUUUAUAUUGAGGAGUUCAUUCCGGAUCUUGCAAAGAAAUACCCAUCUGCUAAUCGAACAUGCACUGAUGGUGGGAAACGCAAAGGUAUCGCAAAGUCCAAAUUUCGACCUCAUUUCAAAAUAAUUGCCGAGAAGAAAGCCACUGAGCUGUAAUUCAAUAUAGAUUAGAAACAGACAAAUCAAUAAUAUCAUCGUCAUAUACCGUGAUGGAAGCGUAUUUCGGUCCGGACAAUUAGUUCUAUGCAAUGAGUUCUGACAUUUGUAAUCUCGGAAUAUUUUUAUACUGUGGUAUGCGUAUUAUAAAAGACGCCGAGGUAACCAUGCCAAUGCCAUGGUAACCAAGUUGAAAAAAAUCAAAACUUCUUCAAACUAACUGGAGGUUUACCUUGUUGCGCCUGUCACAAGUUGUGAUUUUUUUUCCAGUAUUCAAUUUUUCAUCCUAAACGGAUUAAUAUAAUACGAUACCGGUAUCUUCAAAUACAUAGGUUGCAACAGAUAAUAAGCCCUUUAUUGUUGUUAUUAUAUUGUUGAUCGUAACUAUUUAAUGAGAGUAAACUGGAGCGGAUUGCUGAUACUGAUAUUCGCUCGAUCAAUGUCCCCUGAUCAUAUAUUUUUGUAAACCAGCAGAUUUUCGAUAGGCAUCGAACUCUGAAUCACACGAAAUCGUGGAAAGCACAUUUCUGACAAAUGUGAAAAUGUAACUCAAGUCAGUCAGCAUUUUUCUAACGCUUCAUUAUGCAUGCAGGUGCACAACACCAAUCAAUAUGUUUGUACCAUCAUUGUGCAAUUCUCAUUAAUAUAUCCAUUGUGUGUAAUGUCAAUAUUAUAAGAUUCGUUCGUUAUUUGAUGACAAUGUAUUGGUUUCGAAAUUUGAGAACUAUUACAACCAUCUCCCUAGUGUUAUGCAGUGCUUACAACUUAUUGAACACAAACUGGGCCUGUAGAACAUUUUACUAAGCUAUUGUCGCUGCUUCUGUUUUGUGAGUAGGAAAUUAACCCGCAUACCCAUGCUGGACUACAUGGCCUAUCGGUUUCCCAUUAAAAUAUAUUUUUUAUUGAAGUACGGUUGCAUGUAUUUCAUAACAGAUUCCAAAAAUAUUUCUGAGAAUGUUCCAAGUUAUGACUGUGCAAUUCUGAAACAUGCGUGAAGCAUUAGUUUGGUACAUUAUGAGUUUUACCUCAAAAUUCGGCGACUGUAAACUUUACAUAAGAGUCACAAAAAAUUAAUUACAGUACGAAAAAAAAACUCAAAUUGGAGUUGUGGCACAAUGUUACGGAAUAUUAAAAUAAAUCAAUAACUCAUAUGGGAUGAAUAAAAACACAUUAAUUGUAUUUAAUCUUAUUGAAAGUCUGAAAUCGGAAUCAUUUGUCUCUUUCGAACAAUGAAAUUUAGCACAAGAAAAUUCAGUAAUUCGGCACAAUAAGAGCGAAAUGUUUGUUAUAACUGAUUUGUAGGUUGAUGUAACUCAUAGUUGCUGCAAGACACAUCUACGCUUUUAUCGAGUUUGUGAGCAGUGCAUGCUGCCUAUUCAUUAGCGCAGAAAUCCCUUGUAAAUAUCUGUACAGGCAGAACUAUUUUUAGAAGUGGCGAUGAAAGGCCUGGUACAGGUUUUUCACAUAUAAAUUUGGAAUCAAUAAAGCUCAACACUACAAACUUUUUGCCAAACUGUUGUAUUAUAAGUGAUGCAAUGAAAAGAAAAUUUGGGCAGUUGAAGUGAGAAUAUUUUUCUCUAUACGAUAAUACUUUCGAAUACCUUCGACAAUUAAGUGCUCGCUGUCGGCCAUUUUUUUCACUUUAAUACAUCUUGCGUUAAGCAUUCAAAACAUGUAAUAAUGUUUGGUCCUUAUUCAACCAAAAGACGAAAAUGU